AUGCUGUUGCUUUUAGUUUCAUAGUUUCGUCUGCUAGAAUAGUCAGAAUGAAAUGGUGACGAUUGUGUAAGUGAAUUUCAGUGACGUUUUUGACAAAAACAAUAUACCGUAAUGGAGCAUAUAAAAGAUGUACUUUCUGCAGCAUCACGUGGUAUUUUAGAUAGUCUGAGAGGAUUUUUUCUAAUUUUUACCUUGGACCGAGAAAUUGAAUUACAGCGUAGUCUUAAACGAGAAUCCAAGAGCAAAAUUAUAAGACGUUCUCAAACAAGCACGUCGAGUGCUUCAAAAGAAAAACAGGAGGAACCUCGAAUACUGCACAGGACACUUCAGUGUAGUCUGUUGAAUGGAGGGGUUUUCUGUCUUUCAAUAUUUGCCUUUAAUGGCAUUGUUUUACCAUUAAUUGAAGCUCUACUUACAUUCAGCUUCAGCUUUGGUGGGCAGCUCAAUGCUGCGCAAUGGGUCUGGUCUUGGACCUCUCCUGUUCUAUCUGCAACUUUCUCAACAUUGUGGAUUCUUCCUUUAUUUGUUUUAAGCAAAUUUGUGAAUUGUUUUUGGUUCCAUGAUAUUGCUGAUGCCGCAUACAAAUACUCAAGAGGCAGACCACAGCUAUUGCCCAGUAUUAGCAAAAUGAUUGCAGAUAUGCUUUUCAGUAUGGUUAUUCAAGCACUAUUUUUGGUUCAGGCCAUGAUUAUGGGACUCCUGCCAAUUGCAGUGUUCAAUGGUCUGCUGUCAAUGCUUCACUUGUGCCUUCUGUAUUCCUUAUACUCAUUUGAAUACAGGUGGUUCAAUGAAGGUUGGGAAUUGCCGAAGCGCCUAACUCACAUUGAGAACCACUGGCCUUACUUUUUCGGAUUUGGUUUGCCAUUAGCAAUUUUAACGUCGAUGCCCUCAUCUACUUUAGUCAGUGGAUGCGUUUUCUCGGUAUUGUUUCCAUUUUUCAUUGUAAGUGGUAACGAAGCCCGACCCACUACCAAAGCCAACAAUUAUCCUCUAAGGCUAUUUUCUCCCGUCGUCGCUCUUGCCAACACGAUUUUCAAUCGUACAAUUGGUCGUAGCCGAUCCGCCUAGCUGCCAUAAUAACCCCCUACAAUUUUAGUUUCAUCUUUUAUGCUGAACGUGUGACCAAGAUCUUUAGCCUAUCUUGGUUGUAAACGAAUAAUUUUGAUCAUGUACAAUGGAUCAUCAAAUCAGGAUGUGUACAGAUACGGGAAUAAGUGGUUCUUGUUUUCUAUUAUAAUACAAAACUUUAUCUUCUGAUAUUUUAGUAGGUUGCCCUUCGAGCAUCUCGCAUUUCAGCCUUGCCUAUUGAAAAUUGUUUAAGGCGAUAUUUAAACGGAAAUAACGGAAAGAAUUGUCCUUACGAUGUAACACAACAUGUAUUCAUAUUUUAUGGCAGAGGCAUUUCCUACCGUUUUGUGGAGAAGCUGUUAGAAAGCACAUACCUACAGGUGAUCAAACAAGACGGACGAACCUCACAGGUACAAACCUAAUUAGUUGGAGCUAAUAAGUGAAAUUACAAGAGCAUGACCUCCCAUGAUUCUGCUCUUGGGAUGUGGUGCAACAUGGUGAUAGCCGUAAGCUUGUGUUCCAGCUGUUCAAAUAUUGAGCAAAGCCUUUGGUCUAGGUCGCAGCACGGACGUGCAAUAGCUUUGGUAAUGAUUUUCCUUAUUGUUACAAACGUUGUACAUCAAAUGGGGGAAAAAGUAGGCUGUUGCAUAGUAAAUAAUCCAAUGUUUGAGUCUGAACCAGUCACCUUCCACCGUAUUUCGUCACUAAAAGUUUCCCUGCCUAUGGCACUGUGGUCUUAUUGAAUGCUUGUACAAAAGAAGAACGAAGGAAAACGUUCCAAUACGGAA